AGGAAGAAAAAGAAGCAGCAGAGAGGAGGAGAGGCAGAAAGAAGAGGACCAGUGAGAGUCACAGAUGAUCAGAGACUGCUCUGCGAAGAUGGAUUUAAGUUUGCUUCAGACUCUGGAGAGAGAAAGAGUCCUGGAGGUUCUUCGGAGAGACAAACAGCUGCGUAUCAUUGAGGAGGACAGAAUCAGGAGGAUGAAGUAUGAGCUCCAGGAGCUUCGGAGGAGAGGCGCAAAGAGCUACACCCGGCAGUACGGCGAGCGGACCUGCGCCCGCUGCCAGAGGCCGCUGGGAAAGUUCUGGAACUCGGGCGCCGUCUGCCGCGGCUGCAGCCACCGGAUCUGCAGCAGGUGCCGCGUGGGGGCCGCGGACUGGAAGUGCACGGUCUGUCACGCCUACAGGGACGUGAAGAUCCGGUCUGGAGACUGGUUCUUUGAGGAGAGGGCACACAAAUUUUCAGUCAUCACAGACAAAUAUGAGACAGUUGGGGAGAAACUGUUAAAGACCUACAAUGUGCUGAGUCAUAUAUCAAUCGUACCUCCCACUCCCCCGCCCUACUUGGAUUACCACUGUCUGAGCAGAUCAGGGGAUUGGAAAGACUCAAAACCUUUCACCAAAUCUAUGGAAGGUCUCAUGGCUUCCUUCACCAGUCAUAUUAGAAAGAUUUCCAUGUCUCAGACCGACAUGCAAGCAGACCUGCUGAGAGUCGACAACGGCCAGAGAGGGUCGUGCUUCCCCUACAGCACCCAGAAGAGCCUGUCUGACACCGAAAUCAACAAAUACAGCAAACUCUUCAAAGGGCCCAGUCUUCCAAACCUGUUCAAGAAGAGCAAAGACAGUGACCAGGAAGGCUCCUCCACGGGGGCGGAGGAGGAAACGUCCUUCGGUUCUGAGUACUCCGGAGGAAAGAGAGGCAGCAACAGCAGCAUCAGCACAGACUGCGGCCUGUUCGAGAGCGCCGGCGCGUCCGGGGAGCUGGAGCUGGCUCUGGCCUACAACACCGACGCCUCCUGUCUGGAGAUCACAGUCGGCGCCUGCAGGAAUCUUGGCUACGGAGACACCAAGAAGAAGAAGUGUCACCCAUACAUCAAACUCUAUGUGCUGCCGGAGAAAAGCGGCAAAAUGAAGACGGGGGUGAAGAAGAACACGACUGAUCCGGUUUAUAAUGAAGUUUUAAAGUAUCACACAGAGCGCCACCUGCUGUUUGGAAAGAGGCUGCAGGCCUCCGUGUGGCAUUCGGGCACCCUGACGAGGAAGGUGUUUCUGGGCGAGGUCCUCAUCCCGCUGGAUGGCUGGAGGUUUGAGGACAGGGCCUCCCAGAGCUUCAACUGGUACCCGCUUUGUCCAAAGGCCGAGAGUCCAGAAGGGGGCGCCAUGGAGCAGGUCUGAGGAGAACUGCUGGUCGGAGUCAAGUUCAGCUCCCACAACCAGGGUGUCUGACUCUGUGACUCCGGGCUGUUGGACUGAGUCUCCAGGACGGCUCUCUAAGCCUGUGGGACCAAAGCCCUCCUGCCCCUCUGAGGGACCCCUGGGAGGGACUCAAAGAGACCCUGGUAACAGCAGAGACUCCCGUUAUCACGGCCUUUAUAACUAAUACUCUGUAACCCCACUUAUGUCACAUCAAUAAGUAUAUAAUCAAUUAAGAAAUGGUUUAUAACAUGCUAUAACUUAGUUGUAAGCAGACAUAAAGACAUUUUUAAAUUAUUAAUGUAUUUGUCAACAACAACUCCUCCUGUGAAGCACUUGUAUCAGUAGUAUGAUAUAGUUGGAAUCAUGAAUUUAUGAUAUUAAUGUAUUUAUUUAUUUAAUUUCAUUCUAAUCAUUAUAUUUAUUAAUAAAAUAUUUAUUUAUAAAUUCUUGGCUCUCCAUUCUGAAGUAGAAAUAUGAAGUAGCAAAGAUGGAAAUACUCAAAUAAAGCACAAGUACC